UGGGGACAUGACGUAGUGGAUGGAAGAAGCUACGGAUUGGCCAAGCGAGUUGUCGAUCCUCCAUGCUGCCGCAGACGGACAGGCCACUCGAUGAAUAUGGAUGAGAGCAGUGAAAAGGGUGAUGCGGCAGGGAAGACCCCCCCCACCCCCCCACCACCACCUUCAAACCGAUGCAGGCUCGAACAAUGCGUGCCGUCUUUCACUGAAAACACUGAGAGCCUGCAUUAGCAUUUUCUCAGACAAUUGAGGCUCUGGCCAGCUGCAAGCAUGGCUCGGAUGCUGCGGUGAAAUCUCUUUUUCUGCGCCCACUGAUGAAUUAGACCACGGUGAAAACGGGCGACUGGCUGCAUUCCUCAACAUUACAAUUGCACCUAUGCCUAGGCUAACGUUACGAUACGCUUCAGAGAUUGUGCACCGGCAUUGAUGGCGAUCUGACGGAGGACUUGGACGAGCAGAUCUCAGAAUGGAGGAGGGUGAGUACUUCCUGAAGGUGCUGAUCCCCAGCUAUGCAGCCGGCUCUAUAAUUGGCAAGGGCGGCCAGACCAUCGUACAACUGCAGAAAGAGACGGGUGCCACCAUUAAGCUGUCCAAAUCCAAAGACUUCUACCCAGGAACAACAGAACGUGUGUGUCUGAUACAGGGUACAGUCGAAGCCCUCAAUGGUGUCCACAACUUCAUUGCUGAGAAGGUCCGCGAGAUGCCCCAAAGCGCCCAGAAACCUGAACCAGUCAGCAUACUGCAGCCGCAGACCACUGUAAACCCUGACCGCAUUAAACAGGCUAAACUGAUAGUGCCAAAUAGCACAGCUGGGCUGAUCAUUGGAAAGGGCGGAGCCACAGUGAAAGCAGUGAUGGAGCAGUCAGGGGCUUGGGUGCAGCUCUCACAGAAACCAGAGGGCAUCAACCUUCAGGAGCGAGUGGUGACCAUCAGUGGGGAGCCGGAACAGAACCGCAAGGCUGUGGAAAUCAUAGUACAGAAAAUCCAAGAGGACCCUCAAAGCAGCAGCUGCCUCAACAUCAGUUAUUCCAACGUCUCUGGCCCAGUGGCCAACUCCAACCCCACCGGCUCCCCCUAUGCUAAUACGGCUGAGGUGCUCCCCAACGCAGCUGCAGCAGCUGCUACUGCCUCCAGCCUUCUAGGUCAGGCAGGGUUGACAGGAAUGGGUGCCUUCCCUGCCACCAUGUCCAGCUUUUCUGGCAAUGAUCUGCUGGCCAUCACCUCAGCCCUCAACACACUGGCCAGCUAUGGCUACAACACUAACACCUUGGGCCUGGGUCUCAACCCUGCAGCAGCUUCUGGGGUCCUUGCUGCAGUAGCAGCUAGCGCAAACCCAGCUGCUGCUGCGGCAGCUAACCUACUGGCCUCCUAUGCUAGCGAUGCCUCCGGCAGUGCUGGUCACCCUGCGACAGGCCUUGGUGGGUUCUCCCUGGGUUCUCUAGCUGCUGCGACAGGAGCUUCCAAUGGUUACCUAAAUGCUUCAUCCCCACUAAUGGCCUCCUCCCUUUUGGCAACAGAGAAGCUGGCAGAUGGGGCCAAGGACGUAGUUGAGAUCGCUGUUCCCGAGAAUCUGGUUGGUGCCAUUCUGGGGAAAGGUGGCAAAACGCUGGUAGAGUACCAGGAGCUAACAGGAGCCCGCAUCCAGAUCUCCAAAAAAGGAGAGUUCAUCCCUGGUACUCGGAACCGUAAAGUUACCAUAACAGGGUCACCAGCCGCUACGCAAGCAGCACAGUAUCUGAUCAGCCAGCGGAUCACUUAUGAGCAAGGCGUGCGUGCUACCAACCCACAGAAGGUGGGCUAAAAGGAAAAACAAGAGGAAAGAAGGAAAGGAUGAAGACAGAGAUAGAAGGAAAUUGAGAGGGUCACAAUGAAUAGAAAA